AUGUUAUGUGAAUUGUGUUACGGGGCAAGGAAAGAUAAAACAAGAAUAGAAUUGUAUGUGGAGGAAACUGUACCCUUCUACAACCUAUAUGAUUUCCGACGCUUCUUUCGGAUUUCUAGAUCAACAUUUGAAUGUUUAUGUAGAAAUAUUGCCCACUUUCAACAGUUACAACCUGGCUGGACUGGAGGAAGAGAAUUUAUUUCAACAGAUAAACACUUGUUAAUUAGCCUUUGGUAUUUGGCAACCCAAGAUAGCAUUCAAAGCAUAUCAGACAGAUUCAAUGUUACAGAGUCCUCUGUUAUUAGAUGCCGCACAAGGAUCACAGACAUUUUUGUUAAUCAUCUUAAACAAGUAUUUAUUGUCCUCCCUUCAGCUAAUGAACGCCUGGAAAUAAUGGACAAAUUUGAGCAAAAACAAAAUUUUCCUAGUGUAUUGGUUGCUAUAGAUGGUACUCAUAUUGCCAUAAAAGCACCUAAAAACCACCAAGAAACUUACGUCAAUCGAAAGGGGUUUUACUCAAUAAUCUUGCAAGGAAUUUGCAGAGAGGACCUUAGAUUCAUUGACUGUGUAGCAGGUUGGCCUGGAAGCUGCCAUGAUGUCCAGGUAUUAAAGAAUACAGAUAUAUGGAAAAUGGUAUCGCAGUUUGUGGCAAUGGACAUUUUCUUGGAGAUGGAGCUUAUCCUUUGA